ACGUAGCGGGAAUGAGAUCAAGCAUUGUGCGAAAGCCGUUAAGCCUAACGGCGACAUUACUCCGCCGUUACCGUUUCUCAAGUCCGCCGUCGUUUCCAUCUUCGCGUUUCUCUUCCUCUUCAGCUCCGACAAGCUCCGCGUCCGCGGACAGCUCGGCGGCGACUCAGUGCAGCGGGUUGACUCGGUUGGCCUCGCUGGUGGAUGGCUGCGACUACGAGCACUGGCUCGUGGUUAUGGAGCCUCCUAAGGGCUACCCUCUUCGCGACGAGAUCAUCAAUGGCUACAUCCAAACCCUAGCUACGGCCCUCGGAAGUGCAGAGAAGGCAAAGAAGUCAAUUUACUCUGUUUCUACAAAGUACUACUACGCAUUUGGCUGCAAAGUCCCAGAGAAUUUGACUUUUAAGAUCAAAUCUCUGACCAAUGUGAAAUGGGUUCUACCAGAUUCUUACUUGUGUCAUGGUGAAAAUGACUAUGGAGGAGAACCUUUGGUUGAUGGGGUUGUUAUUCCGUAUGAUGAAAAAUAUCAUGCAGACUGGGUGUGCGACGAAAAUGACACAACAGUUUAAGUCUUGAUCACACUUAUGCCCCCGAAUUUUUACCCUCGACUAGUUAGUUUCGAUCUGGAUGCUCAAGUGUUUCACCUCCUGGAGAUUUAAGCAGUAAGACGUUACAAUGAGAAACAGUUGUGUUGUAUCAACCCGAAUGUCAUAGAGUGGAGGAAAAAGAGCUUCAUCUUUGGCAAUAUAUGAAGAGAUAUAGCUAUACAGCGUUGCAGAUAUAGACUUGUUUUAGAAACUUAAUUGUUUCUUUGGCUCCAAUUUUUACAUUAUCACAUGGUUUUAUCUUCAA